AUGAAAGAUUUCAAAAUUUGGAGAAGUAUUUUAAGAGAACCAAUUCGGAUUACAUCCACUUUAGAUGAUGGCACAGUAAUUGACAAACAGAUUGAAAACUACACUAAUGAUGACUUUGAAAGAGUUGAAGAACAAGAAAAGGCACUCGCUACACUCACCAUGGCAUUGUCUCCUGAGAUAGCACAAGGGUUUCGUGAAUACACGUCAGCAAAAGCAUUGUGGGAAGCGCUCAUUGAAGUCUACGAAGGAAAUGAAGACAUGAAGCAAAGCCGAAAAGACAUGCUCCGACAAAAAUUCAACAUGUUCAAUUACGUAUUGGGAGAAUCACUGGAAAAUCAACUGCAAAGAUUUAUCACACUAACUACUGAAAUGAGCUCCGCAGGUGUAAUGGUUACUAGGUUUGAAAUUAACAAGAAGCUACUAAAUUCUCUUCCAAAAUCAUGGGACAUGAAUGUCUCAGUUAUUAAAAAGACAAAAGAUCUGAACCCUACUGGAUUAGUAAAUUGUUACAAUGCCUUCGUUGCCGGAGAGCUCUCUCCACAACUUUCAUUCACUAAUCUCGACCAAAUUCACCCUGAAGAUGUGGAAGAGAUGGAUAUUACUUGGGAAAUGGCAAUGGUAGUAUUCAGGGCUAAACAAUUCUCAAAGAAGACUGGAAAGAAUAAUUGGAGUGUAAAUUCUGACAAGAAGAUGGGAUUUAUUAAAGGAAAGUUACGGUGUUACAACUGUCAUGAACCAGGUCACUUUGCAAGGGAAUGCCCAAAACCCGAUCGACGAGAGAACUCUGAAAGAACGAUGGUGCCAGUAACUUAUGUUCACAGCAACAACAAACGAUUAUCUUCAACAAAUCAGUCUGCAAACAUGGAAAUGGUGGCCCAAUCGUUUAACUGGGAAGAUCAAGUUGAGGCUCUAAACAUUAGAGGACCUGAAAAUGCAAAUCUUGCUCAAGUCAAAGAAGAAGAUGAAGAAAUGAAAGAAGAUCCAGAAGAGGACAUGAUGAAUCUGCAAUUUGCAUUCAUGGUGCAGACCACUCCUGAACCGGUCAAAUCUGAGGUUAGUGAAUUCGGUUGCUCUCCGUCCUUUUACAACAACAAAUGUGAGAAUUAUGAUCAUCUCAAAACAAAAUUUGCUGAUGUAACUGCGGAAUUUGACACAUUAAAAAACUGUUUUGAAAAAGCUGAAUUUAAUUUCAAUAAAUACGAUGGGUCAAGUGAAAAGAUUGCAAAAUUAAUUGAAGGACAAUCACAUUUGAGAGAUAUCACUCAUGGAAAUAAAAUAAAAGUUGGAUUAGGAUUUGAGAGUGUCCCUCCUCCCUUUAAUCAUAAUUAUACUGCUAUUCCUCUGUCUCAAGAUGAAAUUGACAGAGAACCUAGUAUGGUUUACGGAAAGUCAGCUUCUAAGCAGUCUGAUAAUUCUGUGAAUGAUGAUGUUGUUUCUAUUCACAUUGAUAAAUCUGAUUUGAAUGUUUCUACACCCUCCACAUUUGCAUCAAAAUUGUACGCUGGAACUUGCAAAUGUGGAAGUGUUAAUAAUGAAAAUAAGAAUAAUAAAUCUGUCAACAGCAGUGCCAAAACCAUUGAUAAUAAACAAAUUUGUUUUAUAUGUGGCACUGCUGGACACAUUGCAAGAAAUUACGGAGAGGGCGGAAAAAUUACUCAAAGAGGAACUAUUUCUAAUGGAGUGUUGAAUUUUGAGAAUGUUAACUUUGCUCCGGAACUGAAGCACAACUUGCUGAGUGUAUCCCAGAUAUGCGACAAGGGCUACUCUACUCAUUUCACAGAUAAGGAAUGUCUGAUCUUAAAGCCUGGCAUUGUUAUCCCUGAAGAUUGGAUUCUUGUGAGAUCUAAGCGAGAUGGAAAUGCCUACAUUAUAGACAUGAAUAGCAAUUUUCCUGACGAUGUCACCUGUGUAUUCUCCAAGGCUUCUGAACAAAAUGUGAUGCUGUGGCAUCGUCGUCUAGCUCAUGCGAAUGCAAAGAACUUGAAUCGGCUUGCGAAAAACGAACUGUGCCUCGUUGUGAUAGAUGAUUACCCUCGUUUCACUUGGGUUUUCUUCUUAUCCAACAAAGUUGGGAUCCCUGACCUCAUCAAAAGAUUCAUUGUGAUGAUCGAAAAUCAGACCAACAAUCGAGUGAAAGCGCUGCGUACUGAUAAUGGAAUAAAGUUCAAGAAUGUUGUUCUUGAUCAUUUUUGCGCUGAGAAAGGGAUUGUGCGUCAGUUCAAUUCAGCUCGAACACCUCAACAAAAUGGGGUUGCUGAACAUCGAAAUCGAACUCUAAAAGACGCCGCAAGGACGAUGCUCUGUGAUUCCAAGCUUCCUGUGUUCUUCUGGGCAGAGGCAAUUAACAUUGUUUGUUAUGUUCAGAAUCGUGUUCUAAUCAACAAAUCCAGAAUGAAGACAUCGUAUGAAAUUCUAUUUGGACACAAGCCAUCCGUCAGCCAUUUUCGAGUAUUUGGCUGUCCUUGUACUCUUCUUCACUUGGAAUCCAACCCCAAAUUCAAUGCGAAAGCCGACGACUGUUACUUUGUUGGAUAUGUUGCUCGAACUGCUUACGGGGUUUACAACAAGAAGACAAAACAAAUUGUAGAAUCUUUUGGUGUUCGUUGGCUCGAAGAAAAUGAGACAGAUGCUCGAGUAGAUGAAGAAGACAAAGUCGUCUACCGACGACCACUGAUUUCUUCUAAUCCUCAAUUGGUGCCCUCUAUUCACACUGAAUCUUCUGAGUCUUCUCCUUAUCUUGAUGUUGUUGCUACUCCUCUAACUCCGGUGGAAAGAGAGUUCUUGAACCACGAGACUUCCGCUGUAACUUCAAAUCUAAGGGAACUUCUCUUUCCAGAAAGUAUCGCUAAAGAGUUUGUAGCAGAUUCUCCAAACGAACUUUGUUCAUCUUCUGUGAAUCUCUCAGCAAAAGAUGGAGCGGUUAACAUCCAUACUCUUCCAGUCUCUGUCAAUGAUAUCAGCUACGAGAUCCCUGCACGCAUUCAACUCGAUCAUCCAAUUGAGAAGGUCAUUGGCCAGUUGGGUGACGGCGUUCAAACGGGAAGUCAAAGUGGGAAUGUUAACACGUGUCUCUACUCUUGCUUUAUGUGA